AUGGGGAAAAUGGCAGAGAAGAUGAAGAAGAAGAAAGGAAGACCUUCUUUAUUAGAUCUCCAAAAACGUUCCUUAAAAGAGCAGCAAAACCAGGAACAACAACAACAUCAACAAAAGAAACGCAAACAUCGUCAUCGAAACGUUUCGCCUUCUGUUUCUAAUUCAAGCAAUUCAAUAACCACCCCUAAUUCUUCUCAAAAUCCCAAAUCUGCCACCACCACUAGUACUACUCCUCUCCGUCGAUCCACUCGCCGUAACCCUGCCUACGACGACAACUCCCACGACUCCUCUGAUGAUGAAGACAACACCGAAUUGAAUGGAAAGCGCCGUCGCGAGAAGAAACUGAAGCUGGUACUCAAAUUGCCCAAAUCAGACACUAAUUCGACGUCGAUUAACUCGAGUGGAGAGGAAUCGAACGGUGAAGAAGAGAAGAAUACGGGGUCGAAUAAGAAGAAGAGGAAUAUCAAUGGAUCUGAGAGUGAAAAGGGAGAUCAGAAGUCUACAACUGGAACAAACCCAACAAGCGAUGUCCAAGAUUCUGGACCCUCAUCAACUUUACCUGAUAAAAAGCUGUUACUGUUCAUCUUGGACAGGCUUCAAAAGAAGGACACGUAUGGUGUGUUCUCUGAGCCAGUGGACCUAAGUGAGCUUCCAGAUUAUCUUGAAGUCAUUGAGCAUCCCAUGGACUUUGGGACGGUCAGAAAGAAACUCACUGAUGGGGCUUACGCCAGUUUGGAACAAUUUGAGAAAGAUGUUUUCUUAAUAUGUACGAAUGCAAUGCAGUAUAAUGCACCAGAUACCAUAUAUUUUCGACAGGCACGAUCCAUACAAGAGUUGGCAAAAAAGAACUUUGAAAAUUUGAGGCAAGAUAGUGAUGACAAUGAAGCAGAACCUAAAGCAGUAAGAAGAGGGAGGCCACCUUCGGAGAAUUUAAAAAAAUCGCCGGGCAGGCCUUCAUUGGACCUCGCUGGUUCGGAAUUUCCCUCAGGUGCAACUCUAGCUACAGGCGGAGAGAAUAGACCAGCAGAGAAGUCUAGUUUUGCAGAUUCUUCAGGACAAUUUCAUGGUUCCCGCAAUGAAGCUUAUUUGUUGACUGAGAGGAAUGAUGAAACCGCAGGUUCUGUACUUAAAGGUAAGCAUAGUAAGAAGCAUUUGGCAUUUGACGAAAACAGGCGCAACACAUAUAAGCAAUUCCAUCCUUCAGCUGGUGGACGAGUGCCAUCUGUGCUGACUACUUUUGAUGCAGAAAGGAAGCAGCUAGUGGCUGUGGGACUUCUGGCAGAGCAUGGUUAUGCAAGGAGCAUAGCACGAUUUGCUGCGAACAUUGGACCUUUGGCCUGGACAAUUGCAGUUAGAAAAAUAGAAAGGUCUUUAGGACCGGGAGUUAAGUUUGGUCCUGGAUGGGUCGGAGAAAAUGACAUCGCACCACAGAGGCCGUUGUUUUCUUCACCCCCUCCAAGUCAGCUGGUACCUCCACCACCACCACAAAGGCCCUACUCCGUACUUGAAAGUUCAGCUGCUAAUGCCUCACCUUGCAAUGUUAAAUCAAAAGAAGAGAAAUUGUCGAUGAAACCUGAGAAAGAUAUUUUUUCAGAGAAGCAGGUGCCUUCAACUCGCAUGUCAGAGGCACAUUUAAGUCCUGUUCCCCCAUCAACCUCGAUGACUACAUCCCUCUCAGUUGCCAAUAAAUCUGAACCUUGCACAGAAAGAGAAGAAGCAGCUGCGAAAUCGAAUUCCCAUUCUGCAUUUAAUGUGCUGAACAGUAGUACGGGUGUGAUAAGGCAAAGGCCUCCAUUUCAGCUUCAUCAGAACCCAGCCAUUCAUCCUGGCAUGAUUGGAUUUAAUGCCACAUAUGGGUUUAACCUUUCAGCCCAAAUGGGAAAACCAAUUGGAGUUUCCAGGCCUGCUGGGUUAAGCAUUCAGUCAUCUCAGAUGGCUGACAAGGUCUCUAGAACUAAUUCUAACCUGGUCCAUUCGGCAAAUACAAACGGCAUACACUCAGAGAAAACGAAGUUCCUGGAGGAUUCAAGUUCAGUAAAUUUCAGUGGUGCAUUGCCAAACUCUGGGAGCGAAGUAGUGGAGGCCCCAAGAUCUGGAGACCGACCUCAACCAACUUGGCAAGGGUUAUAUCCAAAACCAAAACCAGAUUCAGGCUCAUCACCACAUCAGAAAUUGGACACCGUCCCACCUGACUUGAAUGUCAGAUACCAGUCUCCAGGUUCUCCUAGUUCUGGUCGCAUUGAUUCUGCACACCCAGAUUUAGCUUUGCAGCUCUGA